AUGCAAGUGCAAGGAACCGAACGACGAGUAAAGCCUGCAAGCAUGAAAACGUACUUCAUCAAAGGCCGGUUACGCGAUUCUGUGGAGGAAGGUCUCGAAUCGGGUUCAGACAAGGACAAUUCUGCUCAAAAAGCACCUGCUUCUACUACUCGUAAAGCAGGCUUCAAGCAA